AUGGAAGAGAAGUACAAGAUUGCAUCAGAUGAAUCCUAUCGUGAUCCAACAAAUGUUUUGCGCAAACUGAAGUGGCAUGAGGCUGCUGAGAGGGAAAUGAUGGCUAAUGAGGAACACUUUGCAACACUGAUAAAGAAAGGAAAUCAACUAAUUCAAGAUGACCAUUAUGCUGCAGCUUCUAUCCAGAAUAAGAUGUCAGAGCUGCAGAAGAAGUGGGAUAAAUUGUAUCGCAAGAUGAUAGAGCGAGGUGACAAGCUGAGACAAGCUGGACAGCAAGAACAGCUCAUGGAACUGCUCCAGGAUGCUAAAAAGAAGAUAGAGAAAAUUGAGAAGGUUCUUCAUGAGUCAGGGACAGGACAUGAUUUGCGCUCCAGCCGUGAUCUUCUCAAGCAGCACAGGCAGCUGGAAAAUGAGACACGAGAGCUUGCAGAGAAAAUGAACUCUAUUGUGUCUCAUGCGAGGAAAAUGGCCACCAAUCACUUUGAUUCACAGAGAAUUCUGGAUGAAACACAGAAGUAUCUGGAAAGAUUUGAGUCUUUGCAAGCACCUCUUGAUGAGAGGCGUAAGUUACUGGAAGCUGCAGUGGAUCUCUAUGAGUUCUAUCACUAUCAUGACAUGGAACUGAACUGGAUUAAUGAGCGACUGCCUAUCGCCCAUUCCACCAACUGCGGGAAGUCCUUGGAUGUGGCUCAAAGCCUGCUGCAAAAACACAAGGAAUUUCAGGCAGAAGUGAAUGCCCACAAACAGCAAGUCCAACGGGUCCUGGAUAAAGGAAGAGCAAUGGUUGUGAGCCAGCACCCCUCAACUCAGAAAAUAAAAGAGAAAUGCCAGGAGCUUAUGACUGUCUGGCAGGAUCUGGAGAAGGCCUGUGAGGAAAGGAUGAAGCAGCUGCAGCACUCGAUUGGCUUCCAGGAGUUUUUAAUGAACACCUCAGACCUGGAGGCUUGGAUAGCAGAAAAACGCCCACUUGUGACAAGCAAGGACUAUGGUAAGGAUGAAGAUGGAACACUGAAACUCCUCCAAAAACAUAAGGCACUGGAACAGGAGAUCGCCGUUUACCAGACUUUCAUGAAAGAGCUGAGUGAAAGUGCCCAAAGUCUUCCUCUUUCGGGUUCUGUUCAGUAUGUUGAUGUUGAUGGCCCAAAGGACCAAGCUCAUUCAAAACUCCAGGAGUUGCAGGAACUAGCAGCAGAAAGAGGGAAAAAGCUGGAUGAGACUCUUAUCUUGCAUGAAUUCCUGCGGGAAUAUGAAGAUCUGCAGGACUGGAUCACUCAACAGAAACAAGUGGCCAGCUCUGAAGACUACGGUAAUGACUAUAAGCAUGUCUUGCAACUUUGUGCCAAAUAUGACAUAUUCCAACGCCAGUUAGAAGCAGCUGGGAAGAGAGUUGUGGCUUGCCAGCAGCUAGCAGAAAACUUGCUGAAUCGUGGCCAUUCUGACUCCAGGGAAAUCCGUCAGAAGCAGAAGGAGCUAAGAAACUCCUGGGAGGAACUAUUGGAAAUUACCAGGUUGCGGGGUGAGCGACUAAGAGAUGCUGAAGCAAUUCACAGGUGUUACCAAGACCUUACAGAUGCUCUGGCCCAUAUUGAGGAAAAAUCCAAAAGUAUUCCAGAUGACAUUGCCAAGGACAUGAGAGGAGUGCAAACCCAGCUCCGCAACCAUGUGGCCCUGGAGCAUGAGCUUGUUGGGAAUGAGCAGCAGCUGCAGGAGUUGAUUCGCUCUGCAGAUCACGUGCUGGCCCACUGCUCCAAGAAACAGGUGGCAGACCUGAAAGCAAAGCAGCAGGCCAUAGUGACAAACUGGAAGGCCCUGAAGUCUAAAGUGGAGCUGCGCAAGGAGCUUCUGGAGCAGGCGCACAAGCUUUACCAGUUUCAAGCACACGUGUGGGACUAUUUCUCCUGGGCAGCAGAAAUGAUAAGGGAAAUGAAAGCCAAGGAGACCAUUCGGGACAUAUCUACUAGCAGCCUGAGACUUACCCAACAUCAACAGCUAUUGGCAGAGAUUGAAGCACGAGAAGAGAAGUACAACCAUGUGGUACAGCUAGGACAGUCACUCUUGCAAGAUGACAAUUUAAGAACAAGAGAGAUUCAGCAGAAGUUACAGGCACUUUCGGAAGAGAAGGAGAAUGUCUACAAUGAAUGGAAACGGAAGAAGGAGUGGCUGGAGAAAAUACACCAAGAACAGAUGUUCUACAAAGAUUGGGAUCACCUGGACAAGCUCCUGAACUCACAGGAAAUUUAUUUGAAAAGCAGUGACCUUGGAAGCUCUGUAGAUGAAGUGGAGCGACUAAUCAGGAAACAUGAGGCUUUUGAGAAACUUCUGGCUUCACAAGAUGAGAAGAUGAUGUCUCUUCAAGAACAGGCAAGCAAGAUAGAGAAGACUGGUGGACUGGAAGGACUACAGAUCCAGCACAAACUGAAUGCCAUCCUGGAGAGGAAGCAGCAGAUCAAGGAUCUCUCCCAGAGCAGGCGGGAAAGGCUGCAGACAGCCCUCCUCCUGGCAUUUUUCUACCAGAACUUGGGAGAG